CUGUGGGGUUGCGAGAUGCACCAGGGAAAGGCCAGCGUCCUACAUAAGGAGUGCGGGACGGGGAGCCGGGAGCCACAAAGGGGGCAGCAACACACCUUUCUGCACGCACACGAUAUAAAGACACAGCAACAAGAGGCAGGGUCAGAAAAGAGUGGUACACAGAGAAGAAGAGAGGCAGGGAACAUCCAAGAAGAUAUGCUACGCUCAUGUGGACGAGGGACCCCUGCCUGGGUCUAUGUGGGCACUUUAUUCAUCUUCAUCCACUUGCACCCUUUCACAGUCAGAGGAGCCGCUCUGAAGCAGGAGGCAGCGCUGGACAGUGGGGCAACGGUGCUGAACCACUCCAUGGGUUUGGUGCAGCGCAUGGAGGCGCUGCUGGUAAUCGGGAACAGCAGUGACGUCACUCUCCGGGUGCAGACCAUAAACACGGACGAGGUGAAGGUGAUCCAGGCCCACAGCCUACUUCUCACCCUGCAGAGUGAUGUGUUUGAGGAACUGCUGCUCAGCCGCAACAGCAGUGCUGUGGUUCUGAGGGAGGCGCCUGACUGCGCAGCUGUCUUUGACAAGUUUGUCAGGUAUUUGUACUGCGGUGACAUCUCAGUGCGGCUGGAUCAGGCUAUUUCUCUGCAUAAGCUGGCCAGCAAGUAUCAUGUGUGGGGCUUGCAGCAAGGUCUGACCCAAUAUAUGACCCAGCAUCUUUCUAGUGAUUCUCCCACGGGGCAUGUGGUUGGCUGGUACAACUAUGCACUUCAAAUUGGGGACAUGGCCCUGCGGGACAACUGCCUGCAGUACUUGUCCUGGAACCUAUCUUCUGUGCUGCAGAGUGGAGAGUGGGGCUCCAUCAGUGAAGACCUGCUCCUCUCCUUGCUCCAGCGUUCUGACCUCAUUCUGCAAAGUGAGCUGGAGCUCUUCGAAGCAUUAGAAGCCUGGAUCAACCUGAACCAGCCCCUCAGUUUGACAGUGGAGAGUGCACUAAGGGCUGUUCGAUAUGGCAUGAUCCCUCCUCAGCACCUCUUCCGUCUUCAGAAGCAAUCUGCCCUCAUGUUCAAGUAUUAUGAAUCCAUUCGUGAUCUCCUCUAUCUAGCAUUCCAAUUCCACUCUGCCUCACCCAUCCAGCUGGCCAAAUACUUUGAUGUCAACUGUAGUAUUUUCACUCCUCGUAACUACCUGUCCUCCUCCUGGGGUGCACCUUGGGUAAUCAAUAACCCCACCCGCGAUGACCGCAGUUUCAGCUUCCAGACUCAACUCGGGCCCAGCGGGCAUGACUCCAGUAAGAGAGUAACAUGGAACACCCUGUUCUCCCCUCGCUGGCUCCCACUCAGUGCCAGGUCAACCUACACUGAGCUGGGCACUAUGCAGCCCACCCGCACAGAUGGAGGUAGACCUCGCAUUAUUGUGACACCAGCCACAUCUAGUCCAGACUUUGCCGGCGUUAGUUUCCAGAAGACGGUGAUUGUAAUGGCAAAACAGCAGGGGAAAGUGGUGGUUCGUCACGUCUACAACUUCCACCAAAGCACAGAGGAGGCUGGUGAUUUCCUGUUGGAUGCUGACCUGCAGCGCCGGGCAUCAGAAUACCUCAUUGACAGCUCUCUCUAUCUGCACAUUAUAAUAAAACCACUCUACCAUUCGCUCCUAGUGGCCAGGAAAUAACAUGCAGGAAGUUGGCAUGGCCUCAUCAUUGGUCCUCUACCCUCCACCCAAACAAUCACAUGCACAUAGUCUAAAGUAAAGUGCACUCAUAUCACAGACACACAUGUUCAUGUCUGUGACAUUUCCAUUGUUAUUUCAUUUAUGCAUUUUUGUGUCUUCCAACUUUUUCGCAAAGAGUUGUCUGGUACAUUAAAUGAUGCACAAUAUAAGAGAAAUGGUGGGUUAUUUCAGUAUUUCAAGCAU